UACAUUAACCGGACACAAAGGAAAACCCAUAACCUGACAGCCUGAGCUUUUCUUCUGUCGCACACGUGGAGCGUAUUUCACUGCUCAGCUCAAACCACAUGCAGCAGCGGCGCGAAGCGAUAUCGCUUGCGAUGAGACGCGACACACGACAUCUGCAGUGAUACCACCGAGAACACGGCUGCACCACAAACGCGCACUUAUAAUAUUACACCAUCUCAACGCAUAAUAAACCCGCAUCCUCCCGUGAAGAUGCUCUUGCGUCUGACAACCAUCACCUGCACAUUGUUGUUCCUUUCGCCCCCUGCGGCCGCGUACCCAGCCGACUCUGAAAAGGGCAGAAGGAAAGUGGUUCAUGUAAUGGAGGAUGACACAGGUGCGGUGAUAGUCCAGACCGCUCCGGGUAAGGUGGUCACUCAUCGCGGGGGCACCAUCACCCUUCCUUGCCGCUUCCACCACGAACCGGAAGACGUGGACCCUCGCCGCAUUCGCAUCAAGUGGACGAAGGUUUCCGACGCGUUCCAGUUUGAAGAUGUGUUCGUAGCACUCGGCCGCCAACAGAAGGUGUUCGGGUCCUACCGUGGCCGAGUGUCUCUGGAGCAGGCUGGACCAGGAGACGCCUCGGUUAUAAUUCACAACAUCACCCUGCAAGACUACGGCCGCUACGAGUGUGAGGUCACCAAUGACAUGGAGGACGACACGGGAUUCGUCAAUCUAGACCUCGAAGGUGUGGUGUUCCCCUACUACCCUGCAUCCGGACGCUACAAGCUAAACUACCGCCAAGCAGAAGAAGCGUGUCGAGAGCAGGAUGCUAUUCUGGCGUCCCACACACAACUUCACAAGGCGUGGCUCGAGGGGCUAGACUGGUGCAACGCCGGCUGGUUAGAGGACGGCUCGGUUCAGUACCCCAUCUCCCAUCCUCGAGACCAGUGCGGACGGAAGGACAGCCCUCCAGGAGUCCGGAACUACGGCUACAGGCACAAAGACGACGAGUGCUAUGAUGCUUUUUGCUUCACCUCGAACCUCAACGGCCGUGUUUACUUUCUCAAAAGGUUUAAGAAAGUAAACUACCUCGAGGCGGUAAAAGCUUGUCAACGUGAUGAUGCAGUCAUAGCCAAAGUGGGACAACUAUAUGCUGCUUGGAAGUUCCAGCUCCUGGACCGUUGUGAAGCGGGGUGGGUGGAGGACGGUAGCAUCCGGUACCCCAUCGUCAACCCUCGAACCCGCUGUGGAGGACCAGUACCAGGUGUCCGAAACCUCGGCUUUCCUGACAAGAAGUUCCAUCUUUACGGGGUCUACUGCUUUCGUAGAAACCCUGAACGUCCUGACGUCAAGCCGACACGGGCUCCUCAAGAAACAUCAUACAAUCUGACUAACAACACCAGAAGUAUCUAAAUAAAGCAGAAUAUUAGCGUUACUAGUGCCAAAAAUAACUGACAGGGAAACGCUUUUAAUGCUAGUGCUAACCUCAGGCGUAAUUAUUUCUUGCUUGAAUCCAGGUGUCGACCAUCUCUAGAUUAGAGAAGUUAGCCACUUUCAUUAGUAUUAUUGUUACCUUGCAUGAAAAGAACACAAAUUUGUUUUUUCCCAAGGAAGACGAAUACUUAUGAAGCGAAGUUAACGCUAAGAAUGUAGAAAAGCUCAUUUAGCUCACCUUGAUUAGCAUUAGUCUGAUAAUGAAGGAGCGGUAAGGGCUGACGCUUGCAUUAGUUGCUAGCAUGAACCUAUCUUAGCUGGGUUUAACUUGCACACUAAAAUGAACUUGGCAAACUUAGCAAUAGCAAAACUGAUUAGCUUUGCCAGUUACUAUGCAUAUAACGCUAGGUCCAAUCAUUUUUUUGUAUAUUUUGAAUGACCUUGUAAGCAAUAACUGAAGCAUGAUGUUUUAACGCACUGUGACUUACAUAAUAUGCUUCACUACCUCUUAGUUGACAAUUGCACUAUCCACUCAAAUGUAAUAUCGCACAAUAUUGUCUAUGAAGAUGCAUUUUAGAAUAAAGUUAUUG